AUGGAGAUGCAUCAUCAGAACAAGAUAAAGAGAUAUGAAGAGAGAGAGAGAGAAAGAGAGAGAGAGAGAGAGAGAGAUGCUGAGAUAGCUAAAUGGAGAGAGUAUUACUGCUCAGAGGAAGGAAUGGAGGCUGAGAAGCCUAAGUGGAGGAAGAUUUAUUACUCUACUUUGAAAGAGAAAGAGGUCCAUGAGGAGGAAGAAGAAGUAUCAUCAGAACUUUCGGAGUCGGAAUCGGAAUCCGAGUCAACAUUACACCGCAGCUUUCACCACCACAACUGCUACAACAGCCGUCUCAAACUUACUCAUGCCCUCCCCCACUAUUGCGGGCUUUGUCGUCGUAUCCACCGCCUUCACCGCUACUGUAUCCACCAUCUCUAG